UUUGGGGUAGAUAAUGCACCAGUAUAUCCACAUCCUUGCUGUUUGAUUCCAAACAGGAAGUCAAGGUUGUUUUGAAGCAAUUUGAUUGGCUGAUAGGUUUUAGUGCUACACUGCCCCCUAUGGGUGGGCAUGUUUGAAACGACUCUCAGGGUGGAAUUGCUGCAGGUUCUUGUGGAUGAAAACCCUUUUUGCACCAGUGGCCUUUAUUUGACAGGAAGGGGGCAAAGAGAAGGAAAGAAACAGGAGUCGAACUCGGGACCCGUUGUGAAGCCGCCUCUAACCGCGGCGAUGAAACCGAGCCCGUGUGUCGGAUGUCAUUUAUUUCAUUGAUGUGGAAGAGAUAUUAGUUUUCAUUAAGACCCGGUGGCGUGUGGACGGUCUGCAUCUGCUCUCCGAGGCUCAUUACAAGCUGCAACAUGUCAACACAGCGCCGUCUUUCAAUGACCUGACUGGCUGUGAACUCCCACUGGUUAUCUUUUAUUUACCAGGCUGCUUCUGCUGGUCUAUCUGAACUGGAAUUGCACUGAGAAAUGUUGACUCGCUCUCAACUUGCUUCUUCUUUCCGUCUCUUUUUGCUAGGACUGAAUUAGGUAAAAGGUUUUUGUUCACUCUGCUCCCUCAUCCUGGCACUCACUACAGAAAACUUUGAAACCGACUGAAUUUAUCUCCAAACUGAAAGUUCUUCAGGCUCAAUGAUGUGAACCCAUUUUCUUUGACCUUUGUUGUCUUUUAUUUGUUGCCUCCUGGCCAGAACCCCUUGAGUCUUGAUGUGAUUUUAUCCUGGUUAAAUAAAAAAGUUACGUUAGAAGGUCUUUAAUUUGCCUCUCAGGGACGUUCAGCUCAGAUGUUUUCAUGCAUCUCGUCUGCUCUGCUCAUGGGUUGGAGGAACUUUCUUCUCCCGUUUUGCUUCCAGGUCUUCGAUGGAAAGCUGCUGGCAGGCGUUCCAGAUGUUGAGUGUUUCCUUCGUCCUGCUGGAGCCGACAGGAACAGGUGAAUCAGGCCUCAGGUGAUGCUGUGGCGCCGGCUGUCGGCAGCAGAGGGUCUGCUGAUGUCAGAAGAUCUGAUUCGACGUGGACUCACUCCAUCUGCUCCUCUCUGAUUAUAACAAGUCAUCUCCAGCCCAAAGAUCUAGUUCACACCGACGGCGUUUCUCCUCCACGUGAGCUGACGAAGACGAUGCUCUGAUUCAUCGGUGUGUGUGUGUGUGUGUGUGUGUGUGGUAUGAGUGAAUCAGGGAUGCUGCCUUCCUCCUCUUCCCUCCUUCCUCCUCCUCUUCUGUCGUGACGUUGGAUCAGGAGGAAACACCACAAACAGUCCGGAGAUAUUCUGAGAUCCUGCCGAGUUGUGAGUGACUCAGAGGGAAAUACCUCUGUGGACGGAGGGAGGAGUUUAUCUGCUGGAGGUAUAAUUACUGUCAGAGAGCAGAGAGGGAGAGCAGAGUGACCCGGCUCAGUGUUUGCUCAGAUUCAGAACCAGAGAGGACCGGAACCAGCACCAGAAUCUCCAACAUGACAGACUGACAGACCAGAACCUCCGGACCCAGCUCCAGCCUCUUAACUGCUUCAUCUGCAUCUCCACAAAACCCUGGCUUUGGGUUCUAACUUCAGACUGCUGUCAGAACCAGAACCCGUCUGGAUCGGCCCGUCCUGCUGCCAACUCUUCCCUCAGACCGGACCAGCAGCCGCUGGUCUAACUGGACACAUUAGUCCUCUGCAUCAGACCCGUUCAGGAUGUUUUCUUGGGCUGCGCUGCUCUUCGCCGUUCCCGUCUUUCUUCUGAUCGGCGCCUCGCCCCUGGAGGUCGCUCCGUCCUCCGCCUGCCCCUCCUGCUCUCUGGCUCAGCUGAGGAAGAACUUGUCUUCGUCCACCGCUCAGGGCGACAUGGUGGAGGCUGUGAAGCGUCACAUUCUGACCAUGCUGCAUCUGAGCGCCCGGCCCAAUCUGACCCAGCCGGUUCCUCGUGCGGCGCUACUCAACGCCAUCAAGAAGCUGCACGUUGGGCGGGUUACUGAAGACGGCGAUGUGGAGAUACCGGAGGAAAGUUCGGGUCCGGGGACCUCAUUCGCACCUGAACCUCCAUCAGAGCUGAUCAUCUUUGGAGAGCCAGGAGACUCUCCGAACACCGUGACCUUUGACGUGUCGAAGGAGGGCGACGCUGCCAAAGUGGAGCAGGCCAAUGUUUGGAUAUUCUUGAAGAUGUCAAAGGUCAAUCGGAUCCAAAGUAAAGUGAUGCUGCAGCUGCUGUGGACUUGCCGCGAUGGUGGCUCCUACAAGGACGAGUUUGUUUCAGAGAAGAUGGUGGACAGUCGGCGCAGCGGCUGGCACACGCUCGCCAUGACGCACGGCGUUCAGGCGCUGCUGGAUGGUGGCGGCAGCUCGCUCAGCCUGCGGGUCUCCUGCCCGCGCUGCGCCGAGGUUGGGGCGGCACCCAUCCUCACAUCCGGUGACAGAGCGAAGGCGACGGACCGGGAUCAGUCCCACCGGCCGUUCCUCAUGGUGAUGCUGCGGGCCGAAGAGGAGGAGCCUCAGCGCAGGGUCAGGCGAGGUCUGGAGUGCAACGGAAAGACCCACGGUUGCUGCAAACGGCAAUUCUACGUCAACUUCAAAGACAUCGGCUGGAGCGACUGGAUUAUAGCUCCAUCCGGUUACCAUGCCAACUACUGCGAGGGGGAGUGCCCCACCCACACGAGCGGCUCGGCACUGUCCUUUCACUCAGCGGUCAUCAGCCACUACCGUCUGCGCGGCUACGCGCCGUUCCAGAACAGCAAGUCGUGCUGCGUGCCGACGCGGCUGCGCGCCAUGUCCAUGCUCUACUACAACGAGGAGCAGAAGAUCGUCAAGAAGGACAUCCACAACAUGAUCGUGGAGGAGUGCGGCUGCUCUUAGAGCAUCCUUCCCAUCAGCACUCAGGUUCUCGCUGCUGCUCCACAUUGGAGCGAGCCAGAACAUUUGCCUUGGACCGGCCGAUUGUUCUGAUCCAGAGGAACCGGAGGUUCCGACCGGAUGGAGGCCCAUCAUCGUAGAGUAUUCUAACAGCUGCGUGAGGCACAGGGAGACCUGACCCGGAAACCUUCUGGACGAUCUCACAUUCAGACCAAAAACAAGCCAACGAUCAAAGUUUGUCCCGUUUUUUAAAAAUCAAAAUGAGACAAAAAUCUGAAAAACACCUGAACUGUUUCUGGGUCUGCUCUAAUUUAUUUGCAUCAUUUUGUCAUUAAACUGUGAUCCA